GGAACAUACGAGAUAAUGGAAAGCUUGGGGAAUAUACGACAUAAGAAGUUAUACAAAGGCAUCAUAGGUACAAGGUUUUUCACAGAAGUAGAGUGUCACAUUGUUUUCUGGCAUGAUUAUCCAUUACAGUCCCAGCUUAUUCUACCAGACUUUUUUCUGUUUCUGAAGGUUCCAAAGUAUAUUUCUUCCUUGUGGGAAAAAGCUCCACCGUUAAGUGAAGCUGGGCGUUUGAAAAUAACUAGAACUGGAGGCAAAGCGGAUAUUAAAUUUUCCUUAUCCGAUGACAUGCUGAAGACUUCCGAUGGCCAAGUGAAAACCGACAUUCCAAAAGAACAUCGUUUUGUGAUAUCAAACAUUGCUCAUCAAACAUUAGCAGUUUUUGGUUCCGAGAAUGGUGACUCCAGUGACUCUGGAUCAGGAAAGCUUGUUCUGGGAGGUCAUGUUUUGCAAAAAGGUGAAUGUCGUCCCCUAGCGGAUCAACGCUAUAUGAAUUUAAAGAGGGAAUCUAUAUUAAAAGCCAGUCAGCCAGAGAGACAAGUGAAACAGAUAACAAAAGUUGUGACAAGUUAUAAACCUGUAUCAGAUCAUAAAUUCAAUAUCGAGUACGAGCAGAAGAAGAAAGCAGAAGGGCGGAAGGCUAGAGACGACAAAGAUAAAGUCAUGGAUAUGUUGUUUGCUGCAUUCGAGAAGCACCAGUAUUAUAACAUUAAAGAUUUGGAAAAAAUAACGCGGCAGCCAGUGCCAUAUUUGAAAGAGAUACUAAAAGAGAUCUGCAACUACAAUGCCAAGAAUCCUCACAAAAGCACAUGGGAAUUAAAGCCUGAAUAUAGACAUUAUAAAGCAUCUGAAAGCACAGAAUGAGCAUCUGAAAGCAUAGAAUGAAUUUGAUGUUGUUUUGUUUUUGUAAAUAUUUUCCUUUUGUGACUUAAAUUAUUAUUUUUUUUAUUUU